GCGUCGCUUCUCCCCCACCGAAAAAAUAUAUAAGCCGCGGUUGCUCGAAAAUCCUCCGUAGUCAUUAAACGCGACCCGUGUCCUAAGAACAGGAGACACUCAUACAAAACUUUGCUUUUUUGUUGUUGUUGUUGUUAUUCUUGUUAUUGUAAAAGUUAAAUAUUUUCGAGAAAUCAACAUGAACAAACCUACGUUGUAUUCGAAAUACCACGGUCUGCAGACGACUGACGCCAAUUAUGUAUUGGACAAUUAUAUAAGAUUGAUUAAAUGGAAGGGCCAGGAUAAUGCCCUUGACGUUGGUUGUGGAUCGGGACAAGUCACCACCAAUAUACUGCUGCCAUUGCUUCCUCAAGAUUUUAAGAAACUCGUCGGUUUAGAUAUUUCGCCGGAGAUGGUAAAGCACGCAAAGAGCCAGAACGAAAACCCCAAAGUGGAUUUCAUCGCGUCCGACAUAUCAUCAAUAGACAUCAAAAACGAUAUAUGUGAGGAGUUCGAUCAUAUCUUCUCAUUUUACUGUUUGCACUGGGUCCAAAAUCAACGGCAAACCAUAAAGAAUAUGUAUAAUUUGCUGAAGCCCGGUGGCGAUGUUUUGCUCACAUUCCUCGCGAACAAUCCGAUUUUCCAUAUAUACGAAGUUAUGGCUAAAAACCCAAAAUGGAGCCAUUACAUGAAGAACUACGAGCUUUUCAUAUCGCCAUACCAGCACUGCGAGGAUCCCGAAAAAGUCUUCGAAACUAUGCUCAUCGAAGAAGGUUUUUCGGUUCAUCAAUGUAAAGUCGUCGAGAGGAAUUACACUUUCCCAGAUAUGAAUGUCUUGAAAAAAUCUGUUAUCGCGGUGAAUCCAUUUAUCAACAACAUUCCUGAAAACAUGAAAAAUGAUUACAUAGACGACUACAUGAAGGAAGCUCAAAAUUUGAAAUACACGCAUAAUGACGAUAAUAAGGAUCUAGCACUCAAGGUACCUUACAAUUUGUUUAUAAUAAUCGCUAGUAAGAGCUCCUAAAGUGUAACAUCAAUUUAUUUAUAUAUAGCAAAUUGUUAU